UCAGACUAAAUAUUCCAAGAGGGCAGGAAGCACUUGGGAUCUUAGGAAACAUUUCCACACAGUCCAAUGUUUUGUGCAUGGCCAUACAUGUCAACUAUAUACAUGGGCUAGCACAGGAAAACAGGGAACAAAAUAAAAGGAAGAAGGAAAAGCGGGCUAUCAAAACCAAGGAAUUGUUGAAAAAUGUAACCGCACUCCGCAAUUCUAAUUCUGGUCAUCUACUGAUUCACUUUGUUGGACGAGAAAAAGAAGACACCUUUACUGGGGCCUUUGAUGAAUUUGCUGAUGACAAACUUCAUACUUUAAUUCAAGAUGGAAGCCUGUUCACUGAUGUAUACACGAAACGGUUCUUAAGUGAUUAUGCCAUAGAUCUAGACAAACUGCAGAAGAAGCAACAGGGAGUACUUGAAGAGAUAUCUGGGAAGCUGGAGAAGAAAACCAAGGAACAUCAAAGUCAACAGGAACGGCUGGAUAAGCUAAAAUUGAAGGCUAAGGAGACACUAGGUGAGGAGUUGCUUGAUGCAAUACUGCUGCAGAGACAAAUAGUAGUUGAGACAUUAAAGGAAAUUGAACAGUUGAAGAACAUUAAGUUAAAAGAAGAAAAGAAACUGUCUGUGUGUGUUGAUCAGGAUACUUUAAAGGAUACACAUCAGUAUAAAGAUUUCCUUGUACUGUAUGUUGAAGGGGGUGUUUAUCUCACAACAUCUGACUCUAAAACCAAAAUAGCUCUUGAUGAACGAAUCAUCAAUCCAUCUGAUCUAACUUUGAUAAAAUUCCUGAAAAACAGAACUCAGUUUAAAUCAGUGCAUCCUUCUGGACAUACAUUGGAUGAUUUAACCAAACUGCAUGAGAGUAGAUCAGUUCAAUUCAAGGGUUAUUUCAAAGGGAAGGAAACAGAUGAGGAAAUAGUUAGUUUCAUGGUUGAUGACCACAAACUUCUUGAAUACGUUAGUGCAUUUACAAAGAACACAGAAGGUGGCACUUACUUUUUUGGCAUAGCAGAAAAAGAGCAUUUCUUCAAUGGAAGUCAUUAUAAGUCAAAGUACAAGGAAAAUCAGCGAGUUCCUAUCAGUAGUCAGCAAAAUGUAGCAGCUAAAUUAAAGGAGGGAGUUUCAAAAGGUGUGUUAAUCUGUGACUAUGAUGGGCAUGAAACAAACGAUGAGCUAGUGGAGGUAUUUUUUAUUCCAUCUGGAGACAGUGACAAACAUGAUGCUGACGAGAAGGCACCUGAACAUUUUAUAAUCCAAAUACAUGUCAAGCCCGUCAGUGGUAUAGUGUUCUAUGACAAACAAGGACCGCAAGCUUACAGAGUGGAAGGGGACACUGUCACAACUUUCUCUGUCAAAGAAUGGUUCCACGCCGUCAUUGAGAACAGCGUAGUGAGAUGGGAAAUUUACGUAUAGAGAUACACAUACAUAAAAGGAAAUAAUGCAGUACAUACCAAGGCGAGGAUUGUGCUUAAACAGCAAGGAUUUUCGGCGUCCUCGUUUGAAACCAAUCACCAACAGCAUUUCUGCAAUUAAAAGUAACUUUGUGAAGAAAGGUACAUUAAAUGUAGUUCCAUCAAAGAUACCCGAGCACCUGUUGGAUAUCAGAGAUGCCUUCAUUUCACUGCUGAAGACGGACGGAGUUCUUUACCAUGAAAACAUUGUUAAUGGUGAAUCUACGAGUGACAAAGACACAACAAGCCUUUUGUGUUUAUCAGAAUCAUUGGCAACAUUAUUAGAUUUCCCUGUGUCAAGGACGCAAGGAAGUACGAGAUGUCACAUCUUCUUAGCAAUGCCCCAUCAACCCCUCAUGGUGCUGACUGUGAUUGACGAUGGCAGUGAUACCGAGGAGAUAAGAGAUUAUAACACCAGUGUGGCCAGAGAAGUGACUUCAAAACUACGCAGGUUUACCAAUGAGAGCAUCAACGUCAUUCAUGGAGUUUUGAGUUUGAGUGACCUGACAGACACUGAUACGUGCUUCAUAAAGUUACAGAGAAUUGCAGUAUUAGCUGCAUCCUUUGUUCCAAAGACUUCUCUGUUGAUGACUCCAUCAAAAUAUGAACACGUGAUAAUGGCCUUCUGGGCAGCUGUUGCUGAGACUAAGUCAAUCCUGACAGAGACAGGUGAAGUAGAUGACAGUUGUAUCAACUUUCUCACCUUAGAUCAGUGUGUGUAUCUUGUGGAGAACAUAGACAGUAAAUAUGUUCAGGCAAGAUGGGAGCCCGGCAGUGGAACCACAACUCUGAUGCUGGAGGUGGCCAGGAGGCUGAGCAGACUAGGGGAAACUCUACUGAUAUGUAACUCACUGGAAGAGAGGGACAGACUCAGGUCAGUUCACUCGUCCACAAUCACGACAUUUGAUGUGGAAGAUUUGAACAUGUCCAAGUUUGAGAAUGUGGUGCAUGAAACUCGAAGUUAUCUGUUCGAACCUUGUGGUCGACAAUGGCUGUUCCUGAAAGGUACUCCAAACAGGUCACGUGAUACACAUGUACAAAAAAUUAAUACAUCAAACGGGAAGGAGGAUGGUUUCAAUUAUUUCAACAGCAAAGACUUUCUGCGCCCACAGUUACAGCAGACAAGAGAACAUAUCACUGACAUUAAGCGUCACUACAUGAGCAAAGGCGGUGUCAACAUCGCUCCAACCAACCUGCCGGGUCACAUUGUGGACAUCAAGGACAUGCUACUUUCACUACUGGAAACUGAUGAAUCCCUGUAUCGUUGCAACCUUGUCACUGGUGCAGAACCGGACACCUGUGAUGACACAACGUGUUUUGUGCAUUUGACAGAAUCCUUAGCAAUAACACUAGACUUUCCAGUGUUAGAAAGACCAACUCCAAUAAGCUGUGACAUGUUUCUAGCCAUUCCUUACCAGCCCCUGGUUGUACUGACAGUGAUAACCUGUGACAAGGAAACUGAUAUGGUACGAAGUUACAACACCUUAGUGGCCAGAGAAGUGACUGCAAAAUUACGUCGGUUUACCAAUGAAAGCAUAAACGUUAUACAUGGAGUUGUUUGCACGAAUGAUAUGAAAGAUCCUGGAGUGUUCUUUGCAAAGUUACAAAGUAUCGCCGUAAUAUCUUCAGCAUUCGUUUCCAAAACUUCCUUGUUGAUGAAUUCAUUCAAGUAUGACCAAAUACUUAUGGCAUUCUGGGCAUCAUUAGCUGAGUCAAAGGUAGAUGCAAAAGAGAGUCAGUUAGGAUUUCUUAGCAAAGAACACUGCAUCCUUUUGUUGGAAAAUAUAAACAGUAACAACGUUGAGGUGAGGCUUCAUUCUAAACGUGAAGCCACCGUCCUGAUGCUGGAGGUGGCAAGGAGACUGAGCAGACUGGGCGACACUCUGCUGGUCUGUCAGUCAAGGGAAGAGAGGGACAGAUUGAGAUUAGUGCACGCAUCAACAAUAUCACUGAAUGACGUCUGGAAGUGGGAUCUAUCAUCGUAUGAGAACAUUGUUCUUGAUGCUCGCAUUUUGCCCUGCAGGCCUCGAGGACGAGUGUGGCGAUUUCAAACGGAUCCUACCAGUGUUGAAGAAUUGAAGAUGCGGUUACAGACAGCAGACAAGGAAGUACACGAGAUGGAGAAAAAACUCUGUUUCCUGCACGAUGAUAAGUGGAAAAGGAAGGUGGAGUACUGGUUGUGGGAAGUGGAUGUUCUCAAGUUACUCCGUUUGGUACAGGAACUUGAUGUCUCCAACAUUGUCAGAUCGAGCAUGAUUGCUGAGCCAUUAAAGAAGGGAUUAUCAUUAGAGGAGGAGGAUGGUGACUGGCAGACCGAUGUUCGUCGAACACAGAUGAUGAAGCUCCAGGACGGAAUGGAAAACCAGAAGGACCUUUUCCAACUUUUAAGAACGGCAGUCAUUGAGGAUAAGACCAAGCUAACCCAUCUCCAAGACAGAGUAAUAUCAGCUGCAAAGGCAUCCGAACCUGAAAAGCCAAAGAUGUUCUUUGGCAAGGUUGUGGCAUCGCUCAUAAAAAAAGUGAGUGGAUUCCGGAAGAAGGUGAAGCAUCCAGAACAAAUGACAAAACAGUCCAAGAUGGACAACAUUCCCCAUGCAUCUCUGUUGGAAUCUGCAAAAGAUAAAACAAUGAAGGACUCGCCAUCCGAAACAUCACUGACGGAAUGGACAUCUGAGACAUCACUGAAGGAUCAGGCUUCUGUCUCAUCACUGAAGGAUCCGGUUUCUGUAACAUCACUGAAGGAUCCGGUUUCUGUUCAUUCGCUGAAGGAUUUGGAGGAAAGUCAGGAGAGGUUUGAUGAUAUAGAAAAGCUUGCCGAAGACUUGGAUAUCGUGGAAAAGGAGAAGGACAAAGUAAUGCUGCAGCUGAGUCCGCUAUAUACAGCUGAGUGGCAGAACACAUUAAGUUACGUGGACCGGAACAUAGGCAUCAUUUCAAGGUUUAAAGAGCCACGACUUGAUACUACUGACUAUGAACGCCAGGACCAUCUAAUGUUCGGAGAUUCUUCUGAGACACCACGUGACUUCCCAGAUACUGACAAUCAACGGAGACAAGCACAGAAAAGCCACGUCCUUCAAAUAAGACAGUUUCAACAGGGAAGUCUAAGCAGAACUCCUUUGUACGCGAUGCUUGAAAGUAUGAUUGCAGACGACAAGGCAGCGAUGACCCGUUAUCAAAACAGUAUUCUCUCUAUGAAGCAAGAUGGUUCUGCCUUCCACAAUGUGGGAGAUAUCAGUUCAUGGCUUCCUGUUUUGUGUCCUAAACUACAUCUGGACGCCGCUCGAGCCAACACAGAUUAUGUCCACGUAACUACAGACGGUGAGCUGGUCAACUCGCUGCCCGACACACGGCCUUAUGAUAACAGGCGCAAGCUCCAGGAGUAUUGCGGAACCUGUGCCUCCACCCCCAUCCCCCUUCCUCCACCCCACCCCACUCUCACCCCGGUAUACAGCACUCCCAGAUACUGGGAGACACGAACCAGUGUGAGGGUGAUGGGUCGAGAGCGGUGGUGGUGGGGGCCUCUCCUGGAGAUGGGGGUGAGUGAGGCAGGACAGGUGGACAGUGGGGUGUGGGUUUCACUACGGCGUCGCUCCUGGGAUGUCCGCGUAGGGAGAUGUGGCAGACACGGGAGGAGUAUCUGUACCAUGGUGUGGCGGGACAGGGAGCCGGGCGAGUGUCAGCAGAACACCAUGUCCCGCACUCCCGGCACACAGGCCACCCUCCACUAUGGUGUUGUGCUGGAUGUGGGGAGGGGCAGACUGGCCUUCAUUGACCUGAACAGGGGCGUUGUUUUAGCCAGGUUUGAUGCGAGGUUUAGGGAAGACCUGUACCCCAUGUUUGGUGUUAGUCCGUGGCCAGAGUACUACACUAUCAACAUGAAACUGAUCAGCGGGGAAGACAUCGUCAUCACCGACACCAAGAAGUCACUGAUUCACGAUGCGCUUAGGACUUAGGACAUGACGCUGUGUGAAGUUAGCAAUGUAAUUCAAGGUUGUAAAAUCUGCUGUGUCAAUGACGAGAACUGAACUGAGUUAAGCGGACAUAAAAGUGUCCGGUUUGUCUGCUAUUUCAUGGUUACAAAAACUAACAAAGUGAGCUAAACGUGAUGUUUUGCGGCACGAGAGGGUUGAACUGUGUAUAAAAAGUAUUUAGAAUUAUCACAUGAGUAUCUUUAUGUUGACAGUAUUGCUGUAGUGACUUCCAAUAUGAGACACUGUAUGGUGUUCUGCUGCACGAGAGGGCUGUACAGUGUACAGAAAGUAUUUAGAAUUAUCACAUGAGUAUCUGUAUGUUGACAGUAUUGCUGACAGUAUUGCUGACAGUGACUUCCAAUAUGAGACACUGUGUGAUGUUUUGAGAUUUAAUGUGAUUUGUAAAUGAGUGAAGUGCAGUUUUACAAAAGUUGUUUCAAUAUGCAAUUUUCUUAAUCUCACUGAAUGACGGGCUGUGUAAUAGUGAGAACACAAUAGUGACACAAGUUGUUUCAAAUAACAAUGUUCAGUGUGAAACCACAAACACCUCUGAUGGAAGUAAUGCUUUUAAAAGAUUGAUAAAAAGAUUUUU